AUGGUGAUGGAUUUUGUAUACAUGUGGUGGCAUAUCGGGCUGCUCCUGGAUGAUCCCGAUCCCGACAUGCGAAAUAAAGGCUUCAGGGAAGCGAUUUGCUUCAAUGUCGUGAGCGUGCUUCUAAUUACAUGCUAUUUGAGGUGCAUCCUGGUACACCCUGGAGCGAUCCCUACGAAGGAGGAGGACCCGUCGUGGGAAUUCAUCCCUCGUGACUCCGCUGGGCAUGGAGACACUUCCGCUGGGAUUAGUUUGCAGGAAUCGAAGCGCUCUGGAGACAGAAGGCACUGCAAGUGGUGCACAAAAUUCAAGCCUGAUCGGUGUCACCACUGCCGUGUGUGCAAGACCUGCAUCUUGAAAAUGGACCAUCACUGUCCCUGGAUCUACAACUGCGUUGGGUUUAAGAAUCACAAGUAUUUCUUUCUCCUGCUGUUUUACUCGGUCAUAGACCUGUGGCUGAUCGUCUGGACGAUGCUGCCGUCCGUGACGAGCUCGACUGAUUCAACUAUUCCCUUCUCUCAGAUGUUUUGCUUGCUGUUCGGCGAGACGCUCGCGAGCUUCUUGAGCGUCCUGCUCACUGGUUUCUUCUUCUUCCACGUCUACCUCAUGCAGAAGGCGAUGACGACGAUCGAGUUCUGCGAGAAGAACCUGAAGCGCACGGGUCACGACCCCAGCACUUACGACCGCGGCGUCAUCGGCAACGCGAAGGCGGUGCUCGGCGAUAACUACCUCACGUGGCUGGUGCCCUGGGACCCUCCGCCUGGACAAGGCCUGACUUUCCUCUCCGAAGAAACGAAGCUGAUUCCGGAUAUGGAGACGGGCUACGAGAGCUACCAGGGCAGGAGAGCGGGCUCGGCGAGGCUGGGGACCUCCCCGCCCAGCGUCAGCACGCCAGAUCGGGCUCC